AUGGAUGAGAUACGCUCAAGCAUUCAGCUGAGAAAUCAGCACAUGUGCAGACCGAAGUUUAUGGUGAAACCAAGACCGAAGAAGGCUUUGGAAGAAUUCAAGUCACUUCGACUGAAGACCGCGAUUUCUGCUAAUCCUAUACCCACCGUGUGCUGGAAUCGUGAUGGAGUUGUACUGGAAACUGGCAAUAAGUACUCCAUCUACAACGAUGGGGAUUUCUACUAUCUAGAGGUCCAUCAUGUAUCGACAGUCGAUCAAGGGUUCUACAACUGUACUGCUACUAACAGCGAGGGAAUCGCAACCUGUUCAUCCGAGGUUUUUUGGGUGGAGGUGGUUAAACCCGCUGAGGAUGCCUUGGUGCAACAGGAUAAACGAAAACACAAGAGAGAAAUGAGAGCGCCCGCAUUUGUGGAAGUGUUGCCUGGAAAAAUGAAGACAAAGGUCGGUGAUUCGCUAUCAAUUGAGUGUUCUGUGUCUGGAUAUCCAGCACCAGCUAUUAAAUGGCUACGAAAUGGAACUCCACUCCUACCACAUACUCAAAGGUGCGUCAUGUCGUACGACGGUGAAUGUGCGACAUUGAAAUUCGCUUUCUUGUCAGCAGCUGAUGAAGGAAUUUACGUAUGUGAAGCAAGAAAUGAAUGUGGAGAGGUUAAAACACAGGUACCUUUGCUUUUUUUCUUUUGUAAGAAACAGGACUACAUGAGAAUAACAGAAUUUCAGAUGUCACUGGAAGUCGAACCUGCCGAUUCGAUGACAGCUGAGGGUAUCCCACCUUUGUUUAGGACAGAGAAAGUUCGCCAGGUAAUCAAAGCUAACGACGGAGAAUGUGUUGAGUUGAACGCUGAAAUUGUACAAGGCUCUGAACCACUCCAAAUUCGUUGGAUUCGUAAUCGUGUUACUAUCACUGAUUCGGAAUCUUUCCAAUAUCAGCGUGCAGGAGCUGACGUUCGUCUAGUGAUUGCCGACGCCUUCCCUGAGGAUAGUGGAGAGUAUGCGGUAGAGGCUAGGAAUCAAUGGGGUACCGCCAGAUGCAUCAUGAGGCUUGACGUGCACAGUCAUGAACGUUCGCUUGCCGAAGAACCACCGAGAAUCUCAAAUGUUUCAACUGUAGUCAAAGUUGCUCCCGGUGAGGAAGCAGAAUUGAACGCACAUGUCACUGGUCAUCCUGAUCCGGUGAUAGCUUGGACUAAAGAACGCACACCAAUUACGAACAGCGAAAAAUUUACUCACCGAAUUCUUCGCUAUUUGUUUCAGAUUUGUAAUGAUGGAAACUCAUUUUCGUUACGUGUGAAGGACGUUGUUCGUACUGAUGGUGGGAAGUACUCUCUAACAGCCGUCAACGUCGCCGGUGAAGCACAUGCCAAAUUCGAGCUGUUGGUUACCGAACCUACAAGCUCGUCUACAAUGCGACCCCGUUUCACACACACACCGGUAUCUGUGCAAUCUCGUCUUGGGCAACGUGUAGAAUUACUGGCUCGUUUUGUUGGCACACCACCGGCUGUAUGUCGAUGGUUCAAGGGUGACGUUGGAUUGGAGGAUGGCGUCGGUGGUUAUUCUAUUAUCGAUGGCGCGGACAGUUCAACGUUGUCUGUGGUGUUCCUGGCUAACGAGCAUAUUGGAGAGUACUUAUGCACCGUACGAAAUCCCUAUGGUGAAGAUCUCGCUACCGCAAUGAUUAUUCUUGAAGGUAAGCGACAGAAAAACUGUAAGAAAUAA